AUGGCCCCGUGGCUGCAGCUCUGCUCCGUCUUCUUCACGGUCAACGCUUGCCUUAACGGCUCGCAGCUGGCCGUGGCCGCGGGCGGCUCCAGCAGAGCGCGGGGCGCCGACACCUGCGGCUGGAGGGGAGUGGGGCCGGCCAGCAGAAACAGUGGGCUGCACAACAUCACCUUCAGAUAUGACAACUGCACCACUUACUUGAAUCCAGUGGGGAAGCACGUGAUUGCUGAUGCCCAGAACAUCACCAUCAGUCAGUAUGCUUGCCAUGAGCAAGUGGCAGUCACCAUUCUUUGGUCCCCAGGGGCCCUUGGCAUCGAAUUCCUAAAAGGAUUUCGAGUAAUACUGGAGGAGCUGAAGUCAGAGGGAAGACGGUGCCAACAACUGAUUCUAAAGGACCCAAAGCAGCUCAACAGUAGCUUCAAAAGAACUGGAAUGGAAUCUCAACCUUUCCUAAAUAUGAAAUUUGAGACGGAUUACUUUGUGAAGAUCGUCCCUUUUCCUUCCAUUAAAAAUGAAAGCAAUUACCACCCUUUCUUCUUCAGAACCCGCGCCUGCGACCUACUGCUACAGCCGGACAACCUGGCCUGUAAACCCUUCUGGAAGCCUCGGAACCUGAACAUCACCCAGCACGGUUUGGACAUGCAGGUGUCCUUCGACCACGCACCACACACCUUUGGCUUCCGUUUCUUCUAUCUUCAUUAUAAGCUCAAGCAUGAAGGGCCCUUCAAGCGAAAGACCUGUAAACAGGAGCAAAAUACAGAGACAACCAGCUGCCUCCUUCAAAAUGUUUCUCCUGGGGAUUAUAUAAUUGAGCUGGUGGAUGACACUAAUACAACAAGAAAAGUGAUGCAUUAUGCCUUAAAGCCAGCACAUUCCCCGUGGGCGGGGCCCAUUAGGGCUGUUGCCAUCACCGUGCCUCUGGUUGUCAUCUCCGCAUUUGCCACCCUCUUCACCGUGAUGUGCCGCAAGAAGCAACAAGAAAAUAUAUAUUCACAUUUAGAUGAAGAGAGUUCUGAGUCCUCCUCGUACACCACGGCACUCCCCAGAGAGAGGCUCUGGCCUCGGCCGAAGGUUUUCCUCUGCUAUUCCAGUAAAGAUGGCCAGAAUCACAUGAAUGUUGUCCGGUGUUUUGCCUACUUCCUCCAGGACUUCUGCGGCUGUGAGGUGGCUCUGGACUUGUGGGAAGACUUCAGUCUUUGCCGAGAAGGACAGAGAGAAUGGGUCAUCCAGAAGAUCCAUGAGUCCCAGUUCAUCAUCGUGGUGUGUUCCAAAGGCAUGAAGUACUUUGUGGACAAAAAGAACUACAAGCACAAAGGCAGCGGCCGGGGCUCCGGGAAGGGCGAGCUCUUCCUGGUAGCUGUGUCCGCCAUCGCUGAAAAGCUCCGCCAGGCCAAACAGAGCUCCUCAGCCCAGCUCAGCAAGUUCAUCACCGUUUACUUCGACUAUUCCUGCGAGGGAGAUGUUCCCGGCAUCCUGGACCUGAGCACCAAGUACAAACUCAUGGACAACCUUCCCCAGCUCUGUUCCCACCUGCACUCCCGAGACCACGGUCUCCCGGAGCCCGGGCAGUACCCCGGACAGGUGAGCAGAAGGAACUACUUUCGCAGCAAAUCAGGUCGGUCCCUUUACGUCGCCAUUUGCAACAUGCACCAAUUUAUCGAUGAGGAGCCCGACUGGUUUGAGAAGCAAUUCAUUCCCCUACGCCCUACCCCACUUCAGUACCGGGAGCCAGUGCUGGAGAAGUUUGACUCGGGCUUAGUGUUAAAUGAUGUCAUGUGCAAACCAGGCCCUGACAGCGACUUCUGCCUCAAGGCCGAGGCGGUCCCUGGGGUGCAGGCCGACUUGCCCUCGGAGGGCCAGCCCUUGAGCCUGGACCCAGACGUGGAGGCGGGGCCUGGGCCCGGCAGCGGCUCGGUCCUGCGCCCCCUGCUGCACGUGGUGAAAGCCGCCAGCCCCUCGGACAUGCCCCGGGACUCGGGCAUCUACGACUCAUCCGUGCCCUCCUCGGAGCUGUCUCUGCCUCUAAUGGAAGGACUCUCAGCGGAUCAAACAGAAACAUCUUCACUGACGGAGAGCGUGUCCUCCUCCUCCGGCCUGGGUGAGGAGGAUCCUCCCGCCUUCCCUUCUAAGCUCCUCACCUCUGGGGCGUGCCGAGCAGAGCCUGGAUGCUGCAGCUACACUGGUGAACUCCACGCAGUCGCCCCUUUGUAA